UCAUCAUCAUCAUCAUUAUUAUCAUCCUCUUCAUCACGGUUAUCAUCAAUUUCGUCUUUAUUCUCAUCAACAUUACUCUCAAGCCCAUCCAUCCUUGAUCAUCGCCAUUAUCAACAACGGCACCGUUACGGCCGUCACACCAUUUCAUUUAACCAUCCCCAUCCACCACCACCCAACCAUCCCCAUCCACCAUGUCGGCCCACCCGGACCUCACCGGCUUCAGCGCCCUCUCCUUUGACUGCUACGGCACCCUGAUCGACUGGGAGUCCGGUCUGGCGGCCGACCUGCAGCCGCUCAUCGACGCCCUGCCCUCCUCCCAUCCGUUCCGCAGCGACCCCUCGCUGGCGGUGCGGCGGUUCAACGACCACUCGGAGCACCUCUGGGCGACGCAGCCCAAGCUGGCCUACGACGCCAACCUGACCGAGUCGUUCCGCCGGCUCGCCCGGGAGGAAGGGGUGGCCGCCGACGGGUUGGACGACGGGGCGGCGGCGCGGCGGAUCGGCGACGGGCCGGGCCGGUGGCCGGCCUUUGGCGACACGGUCGACGCCCUCCGCCGGCUGGGGCGCCACUACAAGCUCGUGGUGCUGAGCAACGUCGACGAGGCCAACAUUGCCCGGGCGCGGGCGGGGCCGCUGGCCGGCGCCCGCUUCGACGCCGUCUACACGGCCGAGGCCAUCGGCAGCUACAAGCCGAGCCUCGACAACUUCCGCUACCUGUUCGAGCACGUCCGGCGCGACCUCGGCGUCGACAAGGACCGCGGCGGCCUGCUGCACGUCGCCCGGAGCCUGACGGCCGACCACGUCCCCGCCAAGCAGGUCGGCCUGAGGAGCGUGUGGAUCGCCCGCGGCGGGGACAAGCCCGAGGGGUACGGCACCGGCGGCGACUACGAGAAGCUCAAGGCCGAGGGGAAGCUCGGCUUCGAGUGGCUGUUCCAGACGCUCGGAGACUUUGCGGACGAGGUGGACAGGCAGUUUGCCGAGAAGGCGGCGGCCAAGUAACUUGGUUGUUCUCUUUUUUUUUUUU